UUCAUUCCUCUCUUUCCCAUUCUUCCUCUCCCUUCACACCUUCCUUGCAAUUCCUGUACCCAUUUUUCUUUUUUUUCUUUUUAAUUAUAAUUCCUAAAUAACCAAAAUAAUAAUAAUAAUAAUUAUUAUUAUAUAUAUAUAAAGAAUAUUAUUAUUAUUAUAGUAUUAAUUUAAUGUUAGGGUCGUAAUGGCGGUGAUCGGGGCUCUAACCAGAUCGACUUCUCGGAUCUCGUCUUCCUGCUCCUCCGCCGCCGUUGCUGCAGCUGCCGGGCAUCUCUGGCAUCCCUUUGCUUCUUCUUCUCCUUCUUCUUCUCCGCCUCCUCGGCACUACGCUGGUGGUGGGCGUUCUCCGCUCAGCCAUCGUGCCCAGAUCCGAUCGUCUGCUGCCCUAGCUCGUGGUUUUGAGCGCCGUUUUGCUUCUAUGGCAACGAAGAACUCGUUUGAGGGAAUCUUGACAAGGCUUGCGAAGCCUGGAGGUGGGGAGUUCGGGAAGUACUAUAGCUUGCCGGCGUUGGAUGAUCCUAGGAUUGAUAGAUUACCGUAUUCGAUAAGGAUCUUGCUGGAAUCGGCGAUAAGGAACUGUGAUGAGUUUCAGGUGACAGGGAAGGAUGUGGAAAAGAUAUUGGAUUGGGAGAACACUUCUCCCAAGCUGGUUGAAAUCCCCUUCAAGCCCGCUCGUGUUCUACUUCAGGAUUUCACUGGUGUUCCUGCUGUUGUGGAUCUUGCCUGCAUGAGGGAUGCUAUGAAUAAGCUUGGUGGUGAUUCAAAUAAAAUCAAUCCACUUGUUCCAGUUGAUCUUGUUGUUGAUCAUUCAGUCCAAGUUGAUGUGGCCAGAUCAGAAAAUGCGGUUCAGGCAAACAUGGAACUUGAGUUUCACCGCAAUAAAGAAAGAUUUGCAUUUCUGAAAUGGGGAUCCAAUGCAUUCAACAAUAUGCUUGUAGUUCCACCAGGUUCUGGUAUUGUACAUCAGGUGAACCUAGAAUAUCUUGGCCGUGUUGUGUUUAACAAUGGGGGGAUGCUUUAUCCUGAUAGUGUGGUUGGCACCGACUCUCAUACUACUAUGAUAGAUGGGUUAGGUGUUGCUGGUUGGGGAGUAGGUGGAAUAGAAGCAGAAGCAGCAAUGCUUGGCCAGCCAAUGAGCAUGGUGCUUCCUGGAGUCGUAGGCUUCAAGUUAUCAGGGAAGUUGAGCAAUGGAGUGACUGCUACUGACUUAGUUUUGACAGUGACCAAUAUUCUUCGAAAACACGGUGUGGUGGGGAAGUUUGUGGAAUUUUAUGGUGAAGGCAUGAGUCAACUAUCUCUAGCAGAUCGUGCAACUAUUGCAAACAUGUCACCAGAAUAUGGAGCAACAAUGGGUUUCUUCCCUGUGGAUCAUGUUACCCUGCAAUACUUGAAACUUACAGGCCGAAGUGAUGAAACUGUUGCAAUGAUUGAGUCCUAUUUACGGGCAAACAAGAUGUUCAUCGAUUACAGUGAGCCCCAGACAGAAAGAGUGUACUCAUCUUACUUGGAAUUGAAUCUUGAAGAUGUGGUACCAUGUAUAUCAGGACCUAAAAGGCCUCAUGAUCGAGUUGCACUGAAGGAAAUGAAAGCAGAUUGGCAUUCUUGCUUGGACAAUAAAGUAGGAUUUAAGGGUUUCGCUGUACCAAAAGAAUCUCAAAAUAAAGUUGCAGAGUUCUCUUUCCGUGGAACACCAGCACAAAUAAAACAUGGAGAUGUUGUGAUUGCUGCCAUAACCAGCUGCACCAACACUUCGAAUCCUAGUGUGAUGCUUGGGGCUGCUUUGGUUGCCAAAAAGGCUUGUGAACUUGGCCUUGAGGUGAAGCCAUGGAUUAAGACGAGCUUGGCUCCGGGUUCUGGAGUAGUUCAAAAAUACUUUGAUAAAAGUGGCUUGCAAAAGUAUUUGAAUCAGCUUGGUUUUAAUAUUGUUGGGUAUGGAUGUACAACUUGUAUUGGGAAUUCUGGUGACCUUGAUGAAUCUGUAUCAGCUGCAAUUUCUGAAAAUGAUAUUGUUGCUGCGGCUGUUUUGUCUGGAAAUAGGAAUUUUGAGGGACGUGUCCACCCUUUAACUAGAGCAAAUUAUCUUGCUUCUCCUCCUCUUGUGGUUGCUUAUGCUCUUGCUGGCACGGUCAACAUUGAUUUUGAGACUGAACCUAUUGGAACCUCAAAAGACGGGAAGAAUGUUUAUUUGAGAGACAUUUGGCCAUCAAAUGAUGAGAUUGCGCAGGUUGUGCAAUCUAGUGUGCUUCCAGACAUGUUCAGGGGCACAUAUGAAUCAAUUACGAAAGGAAACCCUAUGUGGAACCAACUAUCUGUGCCUUCUGGCAGCCUCUACUCUUGGGACCCAGCAUCUACCUACAUUCAUGAGCCUCCUUAUUUCAAGAAUAUGACACAGUCGCCCCCUGGUCCAUACCCUGUAAAGGAUGCUUUUUGCUUGCUAAAUCUGGGUGAUAGUAUCACAACUGAUCACAUCUCACCUGCUGGAAGCAUUCACAAAGACAGCCCUGCUGCAAAAUAUUUGAUGGAACGUGGUGUUGAGAGGAAAGACUUCAAUUCAUAUGGAAGCCGCCGUGGUAAUGAUGAAGUGAUGGCAAGGGGUACAUUUGCUAACAUCCGCCUCGUGAAUAAGCUGUUAAAUGGAGAAGUCGGUCCUAAAACAAUUCAUGUUCCUACUGGGGAGAAACUGUCAGUUUUUGAUGCUGCCAUGAGAUACAAAAGUGAGGGGCAUGACACUAUCAUCUUGGCUGGAGCAGAAUAUGGGAGUGGAAGCUCUCGUGAUUGGGCUGCAAAAGGACCAAUGUUGCAGGGUGUGAAGGCAGUUAUCUCCAAGAAUUUUGAGAGAAUCCACAGAAGCAAUCUUGUAGGAAUGGGCAUAAUUCCUCUGUGUUUUAAGGCUGGAGAAGACGCAGAUACCCUGGGCUUAACUGGUCACGAGCGUUACACAAUCAAUCUUCCGAGCAAUGUGAGUGACAUCAAACCUGGUCAAGAUGUCACCGUAGUAACUGACAGCGGGAAGUCGUUUACAUGCACUCUACGGUUCGACACCGAGGUGGAACUUGCAUAUUACAAUCAUGGUGGAAUUUUGCCAUAUGUGAUCAGGAAUUUGACCGGUGCCAAGCAAUAAAUGUGGUAAAUGAACUAAACAAUCCUUUGUCAAGUGAAAUUUGCAGAGUUGACGUUGUAUAACUGCAAAACAAAUGCUUGUUGGUCUGCCCGGGGCAGAUAAUUUCAUGUUCCAGCCCCUGUUUUUUUUGUCUGAGUCAACAGGGGAAAUAAGAAUGAUAUGGAGAUGGAUGUCUCACAAUCUGUUAUUUAUGCCGACAAUCCUUUUGAUAAUUAGCUGUUUAUCGGCAAACUUUAUUGCUUUCUCCAAAAUCAGAGUUAUACUUUCAAUUGUAUACUUCAGUUGCUUUUGUUAUUAAGAUAUUUGUUGUGUUUUUUGCGAAA